GGGCAUUUUUUUUUUUCAAAAAUGCGAACGAGAGAGAGGGAGGACCGUAACCGGCGCAAAGUGUCUUUCAUCCUUCCUCUCGGAGAGUCAGUUGAAAUGUUCGUGUCGAAAAUCCAAUCAAUUUUAUCCACCGAAAGCGCAUUGUAGACAGAUCCAGAGUCUGGCAGAGGAAGUGCAGUGUCGAUCAUGCUAGACGGGAACCUUUUCAGACUCGUUACAAUCUGAGGUGUGUUGUACACACUCUUGCAAGCUUCGUGGGUGAAAACUUGUGAUCUCUGGCACUGCAAACUCUGAUGCUGUCUCUGGAGACUGUCUACCUGGAUUUUAUUCCAAAGCCAAAGUAGGAAGUGCUUCAAUCAAAAAAACUUGUGUGAAGAUGACUGAAUACAUCAGAAGCAUGCGCACAUUGGGGCAAGCCUUGGGAAGUGGCGCUGAAGGGCCAGUCAAUGACACAGUUCUGCCCAGCGCUGAGGAGACCAGACCCGAUUAUGUGCUGUUCGCUUUAGUGUCUAUAUUCUGUGUUCUGGGCCUGCUGGGUAUCAUGAUUUGCAACUUCUUGAAGAAGAAGGGAUGCUGCUGCAAUGCCAAGAAGGAUCCGGUUGAUACGGAGGCUUCCACACCUCAGAGAGAAGGUAAUAAUGACGACCUGAAUGAAGAUACUAUCAGUGUUAUUGUUCACCUGAUUACUGAGAAAAAAGAGAAUGCUGCUGCUUUAGAAGAACUGCUGCAAGAGUAUGAACGCAAACAGAUGGCUCUUAGCAAAGUGUCAUCAAUCAAGUUCCUCAUGCGGUCUCCACUGUCUUCAUUUUGCUCCCUGCCCAGACUUAUCCCCCAUCAGUCGCACCUCCACACCAUCUCUGGCCUCUCUGGCUUAGCACCAAAGCACGGCUACUGUUGCUCCCGAUGUGCCCAAAAGAAAUGGCCCGCUGUACUCGUACCCCCUCUGGAUUCCCUUAAAGAUCCCCUUAAACCCCCACAGACCCUUAUUUCCACCCUGCAAACGUCUACCGAGGAGAAGCGGGACCCCCUAAUGUCAGGAAUUUGUGUUAACACUCAGUGUACACAAACCGUGGUGCCAAAUAUGGUGCAGGAGAGCGUGGAGGGCAUUGAGGCAAAGGAAUGGACAGAGGGAGGGCUGAAAGUUCUCUCUGUGGGAAGAUUUAAAGUAGCUCAGAUCCCUGAAUACAAACUCGUCAUAGAGGAAACGAAGGCACCAUCCCAGGAGCAACGCAAGUCCCUUUUUGGUGGGAUUCUGUUUUCUUCGUCUUCGUUAGCAGGCCUCAUGAGGUGACCGGAGACCCUUGCAUCAUAACACUACCUCUGACAAGGACGACCACAACGGUUCAACAUCUAUCCAAGAGGUUACAUUACACUCUUACUACCAGAGAGUGUUUUAAGAUGAGCAAAAUGGAAGCAUAAAAGAAUGAACAGCAUGAAGCGAAUCCAAAGAUAAAAUGGAGAUUUGCACCUCAACGGAACACAAGAGGUUUUGUAUUAAUUGACAAGUAGCGGACAUUGCUUUUGCACUUUAAGGGCAGGUGAGAAGAAGAAUAGGCCCCAGUGUUUGACCUUUUGUAACAAAAGAUUAACUUUCGUAACAAAAGAUACACGCUGAGAUAAACUAACGCUCAUGGUUACGCGAUAGACUAGGCUUAACGUUGUGUAAAGGAAGGACAACACUAUAGAGAAGUAUCCAUUCUAACAUUCUGUGCAGCAUAAUCCAAAAAUAGCAGGUUUCAUUGCGAUGCUCAUAUGACCAGUUCAAACUAUAUUACAAUAGAAGUAGGGGAGGGAUGAAAUGAAAUUUUUUUUUUUAUUGUCAUAAAGUUUCUGUUCCCUCUGUGUAAGGGAUGUUUUAAAUGGAAGGACUUGAAAAAAAUAUCCAUUUUUAUGAGGCACUUCAGGAGAGAAGGCUGAGAGCAUAAAAAAACGUCACACGAUCAAUUUUUUGCACAAAAUGGAAAAGAAAUGUUCAUAUGGCUACAGCUUGGAAGACUGCAAAUAUUUUGUUAUCAUUUCAACAACUGCUCAUGCACAAAUGUCAAAUUGAGACAAAACUGCAGCAGUUACUUGAUAGAUUCACUCAAAAUGAAAAAAACUUGAACUCAUACUUGACGUUUAACUGUAUGUACAUGUUUGUGACGAAUGGCUUGUUAACUUAUUUCCACAACUAACUUAUUGUCCAGUUCUUCAAAUGAACUCAUACUGUGUAUGUAUAAAAUGUGGUUGCUUAGAUUUUUAGCGUUUGUAGGUGACCUUUUCCUAAAUUUGCUAUAUUGUAUUUGUAGUACAUUUAAUACUAUUUUCACAGUUACAGAAAAUAUGACAACACAUUCAAGAUGUGAUAUGAUGAUCCUUUUCAUCAGUGAUUUUAUGUAUUCAAUCUGAGGUUUUGCUGGAUUUACAAAAAAAUUCACAUUUUUUAAAAUGUAUUUUUACUGUUGAAAUAAAGGGGGAUAUUUUGAAAGUCUUUUUUAAAUUAUUA